GAAACUAUCUCACACCUAUAUAUUGAUAUUUCCGAAGAACUUCGACACUUACUUAACACCAAAGUCUCUAUAGUUGUAGUUAAACCUCCUGCUAUCAAUACAGAUUCUGAUUCUGAUAAUCUCUCACCUAUAUUUACUACUGAAGUCUCUACCAUUUUAAUUGAAUCUCCUAUAAUUGAUACUGAUCUCGAGUCAACUAAUACUCAAAAUAAUCCGAAACCUCACUAUGAAAAAGAUCAAAAUAGUGGAUAUGCUGCACUGAGAUUUCCCCUUUGCUGUGCCAACGGCAAAAUACAAUUACCACCUUUAUUUGAACUCCCACCCUAUCUACUAUAUCUUUAUACUUCAACUAAUUCUGAUGCAGUUCGCUUUUGUAAGCACAUUAGAGCUUAUAAUAGUGCUUUAGCCUAUACAUCUUUUGGUGCUAACAUAAAUCAUCAAUUUCUGGGACGUG